CGUAUUAUUUGGUGGGAUAUUUUUGUUUAGCCAGCAGGUGGAUAGGCACGGUGCUGCGAGAGAGUAGAGAAGACAUGGUACUCCUUCACCUCCCCAAACUCCCUUCAACCAUUCUAACUCCGCUAUCCUCUUCUCCCAUCUUUCUCCGCACUCAUUUCCUAAACCCAAAUCCAAACGCAACCAAAACCCCUCGCCCCCUUUUACUAUUCUCCACCCUAACCCUUCCCGCCUCCGAACCCACACCGAUAGACCCUCACACACCCGAACCCACCCCCCACCUCCAACUCCCUCUCCACAAGCUCUUCGUUCCCCCCGAAACCCAUGUCCCCCUCGACACCCCUACCCUCACCGCCAGAAUCCUCAAGGGCUCCAACAUUCUGCUCAGCAACUACGCCACCGACUCUCAGGUGGCGCAAGCGGAGUUCGUCAAGAGCAGUGUUAGGACCGAGGACUGCCCCUCCGAUGGCCUCCCUGAGUUUGCUCUCGUUGGACGCUCCAAUGUCGGCAAAUCCUCGCUCCUCAAUUCCCUCGUUCGCCGCAAGAAGCUCGCAUUGACCUCCAAGAAACCAGGCAAAACACAAUGCAUUAACCAUUUUCGGAUUAAUGAUAGCUGGUACCUGGUUGAUUUGCCUGGAUAUGGGUAUGCAUCUGCACCGCAGGAGCUUAGAAUGGAUUGGGAAAAAUUCACCAAGGACUAUUUUCUUAACCGAAUUGAUCUCGAGUAUGCUAGUUGGUUGGGCCAGAAUCAGAUCCCAAUGACCAUAAUCUUCACCAAAUGUGACAAGCGGAAGAAGAAAAAGAACGGAGGCAAAAGACCAGAAGAAAAUGUUAAUGACUUUCAGGAAUUGAUACACGGCUUCUUCGAGACGGCACCUCCGUGGAUCAUGACCAGUAGUGUUACUAAUCAGGGUCGUGAUGAGAUUCUUCUCCAUAUGGCCCAGCUAAGAAACUAUUGGCUCAAGCACUAGAACUGAUAAACAUGUAGGUACCAGCUAAUAUAGUUAUCAUAGCAUUGUAUUCUAUGAUGAGCAUUUCUAUAUUGCUCAAAGUACAUACCGGGCCUAAAGUAGGAUAAAGAACAUUAUUUGGAACAAAACUUCAUCCAGCGUCCCGCUCCGGUCGAAUGCGAGGUUUCACUUUGAGUCAUCUUGUUUAUCCUUAUCUCACAUUCAUUAAAUUUGAGCCUUUCUUCAGUUGAGGGUUAGUGGGUGACAACGUUGUAUUCUACUGUCUCAAAAGUAGAUAUGAUCUUUACCUUUUACUACACCCAUUUUUAUUACUUCUUUUCAAACUAUGUAUAUUCUCAUUUUCAGCUUCAAGCAGCUAUCUUAGUUCAGUUCUAUGCUUUCCUAUA